AUGACAAUAUUUAUUAUUCUUCUUAGGACUAGACGCUCCUUUAACUUAAGUAUUUAGUCUUUCUUUUAUUAUCCAUAAUAAAAAUGGUUAAAAUUGCCGUUAUAGGUGCCGGAAUAAAUGGUGUAACUUGUGCUUUGAAGAUUAAAGAAAAAUAUAAAGAGUUUGAUGUAGUGCUGAUCUCCAAAGACUUCUCUCCAAACACGACUGGCGACGGCUCCGGCGGGCUGUGGUACCCCUACCUCUGUGGAAAUACUCCCGAACACUUGCUCACGAAAUGGGGCGGCGAAACUUACGAGUUCCUUCACAAGUUAUGGAUAGAAGGUGGUCACAAUGUGAGCUUGGUGCCUGUAUACGCACUGUACAGACAAGACCCUCAAGAGACUAGACCUGGCUGGGCAAGUGUCGUCUGCGGGUAUCAGGACCUGGAUAGGAGCAGGCUGGAGUAUCUUAGCCGACUGUAUGCUAUGGAAUAUGUGAGCGGGCACACGUUUACAACAUACGUAGUGCAACCACCGAGAAUAAUAUCCUACCUGUACAAGCGAUUCAUCUCCGCGGGCGGGAGGGUUAUAUCCGCCAGUGUGACGUCGCUGCAGGAUAGCUCCCUUGCAGGGUGCGCUGUUGUGGUGAACUGCACCGGGCUGGGCGCCAGGACUGUCGUGCCUGAUGAAGGAGUGUUUCCAGUGCGCGGGCAGGUCUUUAAGGCAAUAGUCCCGUGGUUAAACGAAGUUGUUAUCGACCAAGAUAGUUGCCACUACAUUAUACCAAAUGCGGAAACCUGUGUGUUGGGAGGCACACAUCAAAAUCACGAUUAUAAUACAAAAGAGGACAAAAACGACACCGAUCACAUACUUAAUGGGUGUAGAUCCAUGAUCCCAGGGCUGAAGCACGCGAAAAUCGUAGACACCUGGGUAGGCCUCCGCCCCGGCAGAGACGCCGUUCGAUUGGAGGCGGAAGAAAAGGAUGGAAGAUUGUACAUUCAUAACUACGGACACGGUGGCAGUGGACUAACUCUCUUCUGGGGAUGCGGUACACAAGUUCUGCAGCUUCUAAAACAGCACAUAAAAAACACAGAACCUAUAAAAUCGAAACUUUAAUAUAAAAAUAUAAACAUCUAUAAGUAAAUGCUUACAAAUAUAAUAUUCAAAUAUAUUAUUAA